GUCUGAAGGCCGUCAGGGUGGUUGCCUUAAACAGAUAGGUUGGGAAGCAGAAAAGCGGUGAAGUUGAGCCUCCCGGGCGGCAGAUCUGUAUAUGUAUCGUUAUAUAUCCUCCUUUUUUUCUUUUAUGGACAUCUCUGAUCCAUCUAUUUAAUCCGGCUUUCUGCGCUCUAUAUCGAGCCCGAUACUUCAUGGUAUCAUGAUAAGGCCCUUGUUCUGAAUGGAAUUAUGGACACAAGACAAGUAAUAGAUACCUCUACGGGGCCCGGCUCUCUCUCGGUAGCUUUCAACAGUGACAGCAGCUGCUUUUCGGUCGGCCUUGACUCGGGAUUUUGUGUCUUUAAUUCCGAUCCAUGUGAGCUAAAGGUGUCAAGAGACUUCAAUGCCGGAAUCGGGGUUGUGGAGAUGCUUGGCCAGUCCAACUAUCUAGCCCUCGUCGGAGGCGGGCGCAGGCCUAAGUUCCCUCAGAACAAGUUGAUCAUCUGGGACGACGCGAAGCAAAAGGCGGCCAUUACGCUGGAGUUUCGCACUUCUGUCCUGCGAGUCCGCCUUACCAGAUCCCGUGUUGUUGUUGCUUUACACAAUAGCGUCCAUGUUUUUGCAUUUUCCGUUCCGCCACAGAAACUCUCCGUUUUUGAAACGGUAGAUAACCCCCUGGGACUACUAUGCUUAGGCCAGCAACUUCUCGCUUUCCCUGGUCGAUCGCCUGGCCAAGUCCAAGUGGUAGAACUCGAGACUGGAAAUGUUAGCAUUAUUCCGGCGCACAGCUCUCCGCUGAGAGCGCUAACUUUAAGCUCUGAUGGAGCUUUACUGGCCACUGCGAGCGAAACAGGAACACUCAUCCGUGUAUUUGCAACAAGCAACUGUGCCAAGAUAGCAGAAUUACGGAGAGGAUUGGAGCAUGCGGACAUAUUUUCAUUGGGCAUAUCGCCAUCUAACACACUACUUGCUGUUACAUCAGACAAAUCUACCCUGCAUGUUUUUGAUCUACCGCACGCUCGUAAUCCUUCCCCAAACAGUCAGCCACCACAAGUCACAGGGGAAGAGGCAUUAUACAAUAAAUGGGGAUUCCUAGGAAAGAUACCCCUACUUCCGCGACUGUUCUCUGACGUAUAUUCAUUCGCCAGUGCCCCUUUUGAAAUUGGCGACGAGACCCCUCCGGGCACCGGAUAUAUUCCGCAGCUGGGUUCUUCCUUUAGCCGACCGCCCAAAGGGGUUAUUGGCUGGACUAGUGACGAUACACUUUUGUUAAUAGGCGCGGGUAAAGAUGGAAGAUGGGAGAGAUUUAUCAUUCAGGAUGGUCAGGAUGGGAAGCGCGUUUGCACCAGAACUGGAUGGAAGCGGUAUUUAGGAAGUUGAAGCCGCUAUUUCCACCCUGCAGCUGGGAUUUUCUUUCCGAUAAUUCUCAACUGCACCAGAUGCUAGCAUUUAACGAACGGGAUUUUCCAGUCGACCCCGUUUCCAAUAUACUACCACCCGGGAGACACUUGGGUGGAAUGAAGGAAAUUGUCUGCCAACGUGACCAUCGAUUGGCGGAGGGAAUAUUGCAGAGCGGGAACAAUAGUCCCGGUGGCCUCAUUCCACCGUAGGGUCCGAUACCCGCGGAAGCAUAGGUCUUUCGAAGAGGACGCAAGCCUUUUGCAUUCGCGCAAGAAUUCUUUGUCUAUUUUUGUUCAUCAUUCCCGACCUUGCGAUAGGGUGUUUUAUCAAUGUUUUGCCUUAAUCAGCUGUAGUAUAAUCAGGAUUCGAGAUUGAACUUUUCAUGGGCUGUAAUCUCUUCUUCGAUGUCUCCGCCCCCUUGAGGGAGAUCGCGAUCGCGAUCUUCUACGGUGUGCAUGACGUCUUUCACGCGAACGGGAACGUUCUUCGCUAUGUCUCCGUCGGUGAUGACGGCGAUGCCGGUGUCGAUCCCGUCGCUCGGCGCUAUCGUUUCGUCGCCUGCUUGAUUUCGAUUUUGCCAGCGCUGCUGCAACCUCUUCUUUCUUUUCCUGUAUUAAAUAUUCUUUCAUUGGAUCCUCAUCAUCAUGCUCCUCAAUAAGCCGUGCCAGUUCCACUUCUUCCUUCAGUAACGGCCGUUUCCUUCUCUCAUCGUCACUCUUGCUCUCCGAUCGGCGCCUUCUAGACGUCCUAUAACCAUGAUGAUCACGAUCACGGUCCCGUCCACCCCGUUGUCUCUCCAGCUCUUCCUUAUCUAAUGGUGCAAUAUUAUCUUCCAAGCCCUCCUCUUCUUUUCGUUUGUACCUCAUGUGGUCAACCCUCAGCAAUCUUCCCAUCACAGUCGCACCACAAAGAUUGUCCACGGCUAGAUCGGUACUUCUCUGAUCCUCAUACUUUAAAAAUGCAAAUCCCUUGCUUUUCCCCGUAUCCUUGUCGCGAACUAGAUUGAGGUGC